AUGCAGAGCGAAAAGUCAAAGUUACAGCGGAAGAACUCCGUUUGGACUUUCCUUGCGAAAUACAUCAGCUCCGACGCUGCAGGAGUUAACGAAUUUCUACACACAAAACAUUGGACUUUAGCGAUUCCAAAUUGGAUACUUCGUGCGGUGGGACAACCAGUUUUUGUGAAUAACCCAUACAGUGGACUUUUGAUACUUAUUGCGCUCUUCUUCGGGGAUCCCUGGGUUGCACUUUGUGGGACGAUCUGCCUCCUGGCGGCUAUUGCCACAGCGUUUGCCGUCAAACAAGAGUACAGUCUGAUUGAAUCGGGUGUUUGUACCUUCCACGGCCUGUUGAUUGGAUUGCUUCUUGGAGUAUCUGUUGAUCGAGAGUGGUAUCCAUUGCUUAUUCUACCCCUCAUAAUUUUGGGUUCUGCAAGCGUCUACGUUGCUAAUGGGGUCGGUAACAUUUACAAAGUGUGGAACCUACCAGCGUUGACGCUACCAUUCUGCCUUUUGACGUUCAUAUUCUUAGGGGCGUUUGACAGUACUUCCGCAACACACUACCCUUUGAAAGCAGCACCCGAUGCCGUGUCCAAUACGACGACGCUUGACUGGGGCAAGGUUUUUCUGUCCAUCCCAAUAAGCGUUGGGCAAGUAUAUGCCUACGAUGGUCUUCUGACUGGUUGUUUUAUAUCCGCUGCAAUAUGCUUGGCAUCUCCCAUACUGGCCCUACACGCUCUCAUCGGAGGCUUCAUAAGCGCUUUUACAGCUAUUGGGCUAUCCGCUCCACCUCUCGAGAUCUAUAGUGGUCUGUGGGGAUAUAGUGCGGUUUUGACGAGUGAAGCAGUUGGUGGUUUUUUCUUCCGACUUACUCCACAUUCGCACAUACUUGCCUGGCUUGGGGGUGUCCUAACAACGUUGGUGCACGCUACGUUGUCAAGAUGUUUUAGUCAGUUGGGGCUACCAGUGCUGACACUCCCUUUUGUAUUGACGACUUCAAUUUUGCUUGCCUUUACAAGCAAAAGUCCUCAAUUCUCGAGGAUUCCAAUGGGAAAACUCAGUUCGCCCGAGCGACACCUAUUGCUCAAGAGGGACGUACAAACUGGAGAAAUUGAUCAAGCGAGCGAAAUGGUGGAGGGGAAAUCUCCUGAGAAACGGAGUGAAACGGAGUGAAACGGACUGUUCAUUGUCCACUGUGGGGCUAGAUGACAUACCCGUUGAGAACAAUCUUUUGUGAAAGGGAACACAAAUAUAUUC